AUGGAGGCCGUGGGCCGAGAGAGCCACGGAGGAGGGGCUGGGGCGCUGGGGGCCGAGGGGCGGCCGGUGCCCGAGGCGAGGGUACACUUCCGAGUGACGAGAUUCAUCAUGGAGGCAGGUAUCAAACUGGGGAUGCACUCCAUUCCCGUUGCCACUGCUUGCACCAUUUACCAUAAGUUCUUUGGCGAGAUCAACCUGGAUGCCUAUGACCCUUACCUAGUUGCCAUGACAGCCAUUUAUUUGGCUGGCAAAGUGGAGGAGCAGCACCUGCGUACCCGUGACAUCAUCAACGUGUCCAACAGGUACUUUAACCCGAGCAGUGAGCCCCUGGAGCUGGACUCGCGCUUCUGGGAGUUGCGGGACAGCAUCGUGCAGUGUGAGCUCCUUAUGCUCAGGAUCCUGCGUUUCCAGGUAUCCUUCCAGCACCCGCACAAGUACCUGCUCCACUACCUGAUUUCCCUCAAGAACUGGCUGAACCGGUAUAGCUGGCAGCGGACCCCCAUCUCUGUCACAGCCUGGGCCCUGCUGCGGGACAGCUACCAUGGAGGACUGUGCCUCCGCUUCGCGGCUCAGCACCUAGCUGUGGCCGUGCUCUACUUGGCCCUGCACAUCUACGGCGUGGAGGUACCUGCUGAGGCUGAGGCUGAGAAGCCAUGGUGGCAGGUGUUUAGUGAAGACCUUACCAAGCCAAUCAUUGAUAACAUUGUGUCUGAUCUCAUUCAGAUUUAUUCCAUGGACACAGAGAUCCCUUAAGGUCCAGGCCCAGGCCUGCCCAAAGAGAAGCCCAGGAUGGCCGGCUGUCUGGGGACAGUGCCAGCACAUCGCUGUGACAACCAGUCCCCAGGGGCGUAGCUGAGAUGACUGACUGGGCUGCCAGAGUGGCUGCUGAAGGGGACGAUGUGCUGCCUGCCAGUUUAUCCCCAGUAGCCGCAGCCCAGCUGCUGAGAAGAGCUCUUCCGGCAGUGGGCAGGCUGGGAGCCACAGUGUUUGACUGGCCCAAGGUAGCCACACCUGCUUUUGUCCUCAGAGAGGACUCCAGCUGCCCUUUGAGGCUUGACAUCCUUCCGAGAAAUGAGAGCGGAUUGGACUGCAUUCCUCGGCGAUUUUUUAGAGACAGCGUGAAUACGCACCAGAGAUGGCAUUUUAUUUUGUAUAAUAAAAAGUGAUGCAAAUCUGAGGGUACCAGUGGCCCUUGCU